CUUGUUCUUCCGUCAAAUCAGAUUUUCAUUAUAUUCAUCAGAAGACUCUUCUUCUUCCUCCGAUCUUCUCGCUUCGACUUUUCUUAGGGCUUUUCCGUGUUCCAAUCCGAUGGCUACACUCGAUUCCGACGUGAACAUGAUCCCUGCGGGGGAACCCUCGGGCAACGCCGUGGCUUCUUCGUCGAGCAAGAAGGCGAAGAGAUUCGAAGUGAAGAAGUGGAGCGCCGUCGCUCUUUGGGCUUGGGAUAUCGUCGUGGACAAUUGCGCUAUCUGCAGAAACCACAUCAUGGAUCUCUGCAUUGAAUGUCAGGCUAAUCAGGCCAGCGCUACGAGUGAGGAAUGCACUGUUGCUUGGGGGGUUUGCAAUCACGCUUUCCACUUUCACUGCAUCAGCAGAUGGUUAAAGACUCGUCAAGUUUGUCCAUUGGAUAACAGUGAGUGGGAGUUCCAGAAAUAUGGUCACUAAAUCAGCCAACCGCACCAGCAGAUUUGUGUAUCAUGUUCAUUUCGCCGCUGCUUAUGAGAUACUAAGAUUGCUCAGACUUCUGUUUUUCCUUUUUCGCCAGUUGUGAAAACAGUUUUUAUUGAUACCUUGUCGUUUUGCUUUGGAUGAUGUCUUUAGUUUUCAGAAAAUCUAUAUACAUGCAUGUUUUCUUUCUUCUUAAA